GAACUGACAUGAUUGGCCAGUUAGCUAAGUAUUUCUAUUGUUUUACUUGAUCUUGGGGGGGGGCUGCCCUCCCUGCUCCCCCUGGCUACGCCCAUGUCUUUAUCUCGUAUGCUGGGGUUCUGAGGAAGUAGUAGUUUUGUCUGCCGCAGUUCAUAUACAGUGGAACCUCGGUUUACACCUACCUCCAUUUACAAACGCCUCUGUUUACGAACGCCGCAGACCCAGAAGUGUUUACAUCCAGGUUCCACGGCGCUCGGAUGCGCAGAAGCGGAAGUGCUCAAUCAGCGCUUCGCGCAAGCGCAGAAGCGUGCCUUCAGUGAGCGAAUGCCUCGGCGAGCGAAUGCCUCCGCAGAACGGAUUGCGUUCGCAAACCGAGGUACCACUGUAUGUACUCCCCUGUUUCCCCUAUUUUAAGACGUAGUCAUAAAAUAAGCCAUAGCAGGAUUUUUAAGCAUUCAAGAAAUAUAAGCCAUGGUAUUAAAUGUGCUAGCAUGUGCUGUAGGACUCUCCCCCCCCCCAACAUCCCUAUUAUUAUACCAAGAGUUAUAAGCUUAUUUUUGUUUUAAGAAUUUAGAAAAAAUGGCUCUAAGAUAUACCACCCAGAAAUCUUUCCUUAAGUCACUUUGGCUCCAGGAUCCAAAAGCAUCUACAGUGGUACCUCGAUUUCUGAAUGUCUCGACUUACGAAGGUUUCGACUUACGAAGUCGGCAAACCCGAAGUAUUUUCGCGUGCGUGCGUUCUGCGCAGAAGCAGCGUGCGCAGUAUGCGCAAAGCGCAGAAUCGCGCUUCGCGCCUGCGCAAAAUGAACUCUUCGACAUCCGAAGGUUUUGACUUACAAAGAGCACCGCGGAAUGGAUCGCCUUCGUAAGUCGAGGUACCACUAUACAGGCUUUUAAACUUAAUUGCAAGGGUGGUUUGGCCCUAUAAAGAUAAUUAUCCCUGUUAACAAUUGCAUUCGGCCUCAGUGGGUUGGCCUGCAUCCAUCUCUCAACCAUUGUAUGUUAGAUGUUACAUCUUUGUGUGCUCUUUGUGUUAAGCGUACAUAUGAUUUCACAAGCAUAUUAAUUUUCCUCUUUUAGGUAUUUGCAAGAUAUUGAUUAUCAUAGUGGUACAGUGUCAUAAAAUAUUUCAGCUCCAGUAUAAUAAAUGCCAAGUAGAGAGUUUAUCAUACUUAUCUUGGAAUAUAUGUUUCAAAUCAUUCAAACAGUCCUCCUAAAAACUGGACACCACUAAUUUGUCUAACUUUACAAUUUAUCACAGCUACCUUUAAAUUAUGAAGGCAUUUAGCAGUGGCUGGUCCUGUAGACUUGUUUGACAUGCAUAAACGAACACUGAUUAGGGUGUUUCAUUCCGCUAAAGAAUGGUUAUGCUCUAUGUUUUAAGUUGACAGUAUUUGAGCCCUAUUUCAGCCCUGGGUCAUACGUAGUAGUCUCUUAGGGAACUUGACGGCAUACUAGCACUAUUGCAGCUAAACUUCAUGUUGCUGAUCCUCAUUAAGAAAAUGGGUUGUCCCAUUAGUGCAAGGACUUUUACUUGUACAAUGGGACUUCCUCUCAACCUGUUUUGGGGUUUUCCCCAGCCCUCCAGAUCAGGGGACGAGUGGAAAGUCGUCCCAUUGUUCAGGCAGAAGUCCUUGCACGAAUACGACUACUUUGUUGACUAUCAGGAGAAAUGUGUGAAUUAUUGCUGACAAUAGUAGUCUUAUCCCUGCACUGCAAGAUGAUGUACCAGUAGUAAGGGGGACAGAGGCCUCCAUGUCCUGUCACUUAGUGUUCAUCAGCUAAAAUACUUCUGGUUACGAACGCUUCAGGUUACAAGCUCUGCUAACCCAGAAGUAGCUGCUCCUGCUUGCGAACUUUGCCCCAGGAUGUGAACGGAAAUCGUGCGCUGGAGACGCGCGCGCAGCAGGAGGCCCCAUUAGCGAACGCGUGCCUCAGGAUAAGAACGGUUUCAGCUUAAGAACAGGCAUCUGGAACGAAUUAAGUUUGUAACCAGAGGUACCACUGUAUAUGGUUCUUUUUCAGUACCCACUCCAGACAGGGAGAUACUUAGCUCCUUAGGUUUUGCAAGAUACUAUAGUUUUAUACAUAUACAUAGGGAUGCGGGUGGCACUGUGGGUUAAACCACUGGGCCUAGGGCUUGCCGAUCAGAAGGUCGGCGGUUCGAAUCCCCACGACAGGGUGAGCUCUCGUUGCUCCGCCCCAGCUCCUGCCAACCUAGCAGUUUGAAAGCACGUCAAAGUGCAAGUAGAUAAAUAGCUACCGCUCCGGCGGGAGGUAAAUAGCGUUUCUGUGUGCUCCUCUGGUUUGCCAAAGCGGCUUAGUCAUGCUGGCCACAUGACCUGGAAGCUGUACGCUGGCUCCCUCGGCCAAUAACGCGAGAUGAGCGCCGCAACCCCAGAGUCUGUCACGACUGGACCUAAUGGUCAGGGGUCCCUUUACCUUUACCUUUAUAGUUUUAUACAGAGUGUAAAACACUAUUAUGGUUGCAUAAAGUGUUAACUCAGUUGGUUUUAAUGUGGUCAUUACCACUGCCAAGUGCAAAUGCUUCCAUUGUAGAGAGAUAAAGUGGCUAACAGCAUGUUUUUAACAUUGUGUAAAAUGCUAGCAUAAUCCCAGUCAUUGUUGGCAGUUUCCUUGAUCUGUCAGAUGUAGCAGAACCCACCCCUCUUCCAUUUCUUUUGCUCCCCUAGUAGAGCUUUAAUCUCAGAAGCCCCAGCAGAAAUAAAGUGCAUUAUUUCUGUCCAUUGCAUGGGGAAGAUAGUAGAAACCUACCUGUUACUUUUAGACAAAAGCACAAACACUUUUUUGCAUGUUGUCUUCAUCUGUUAUCUCCAUAUGAUCUUUCUCCCUAUAUAGGAUGCUAGCUUUGCAUAAUCUGUAUAGUAAAUGACAACAUGCCCACAAUUACAUACUGUUUGGGAGUGUACUUGUCCAGGAGCACUGGCUCCUUAAAAUGACACAAUUCAGCGUAUUUUGUUCAGGCUGCACUGGUUACUAGGUUGCUUUUGCUCUGGGACAGGCCUGCCAGGCAGACUCCUAUGGGCAAAGAAUCUGUUAUAAUAACCGUUUAAUAUGUUAGCCUUCUGACCUAAACUGACACAAGUCAGGAAAUUCCAGCUAAGAAAUGGGAGCCUGCUUCAACAUGGAAUUUCCUGGUUUCCGUCAUAACAAGUCUCUCUGUUGUUGUUGUGUUAAUUUCUUUUAAAAACACAUUUAAUAGCCUUAUAAAAAUAUGCACUUUCCAGGGAACUUGUAAUGUGUCUGCAUUUGGAAAAUUAUUAAGAACUCCCAUUUAUAAGCCCUCUUACUGUGUUUUGUUCAAGACUGCAACACCUAAUUUCAUGUCUGCAUAUGGAAUGUGCAAUUAAUUGUGAUAGGGGUGCGCAUGUUUCACAAUGGCAAGUAGGGGUAGGGCUGUGAGGGCAAACCCGUAAGUGAAAGUUAAAUAAAAUUUCUGCUAAGCACAGCUGGACCACACAGUGUUUAUGAACUAAUCAUCUGCUAAAUUCAAACUUGUUAAAAUUGGAAGCUGUGUAAUUUAUAAGAGCACAAAGCAACUGUAACUACUUUUUUUUCAGUCUUGUAACUCAAAUGGUGUAAUUGAUUUCUCUUCCACAGACACAUACCUUUUUUGGGUGGUAUUAAACUUCACUCAGGGUCUGAGACCUCAUAAGCCCAUAUUUCAAGCUGCAGUGAAUUUUUAUAGCCAAGUUAUAAAUCCCUGGAAAAAUAUGCCUUUUUAUAACUAGCUGUGACAGAACUUUAACUACUGAUCCAUGAAUACCAGCAUGACCACAGUCCAGUUUAUUGUAGUCGUAGCAGUGAGGCACUAGUCUGUUGAAAGAAUCAAUCCAUUUCAGCUUUUCGUCAUUUCAACUCUGCUUUUGAGAAGAGUUCCUCUUGUUAAUGCGAGGCUUCUAAGUAAUUUUAUUGGCGUGUUACUUGCACCACACACUCACCAGUUAAAGACUGCAUACUCAGAAACGUGUCUGCGACUUUUAUUCUGUGGGUAUAAAUAUCUUGAUUUUUGCAGUGGCAAUAUCCAAAUUUCAGAUAAUGUCAUCGGCUUUUAACAAUUCAGAAGUGGGGCUACAUUUGAAUGUUGAGUGGGGGUACAAGUAAUGUUAAAUGGGGCAGGAAAAUUUAAAAAUCCAUCCUUUUGUUCCACAAGAGUAUUUCUCAUUUGUUACCCCCACCCCACCCCCAGCACAGAGGUGGCUCACAUGUGGCUCUCCACAUGAUGGACUCCCAACUUCCAUCUGCUGCAGCCAGCAUGGCCAGUGUUCAGAGGUGGGGGGAGUUGUAGUCCAAAAACAUCUGGAGGACCACAGGAAUUGGGUAGCCUUUGUGCAUUAGGUGCAACUUCUGCGCUAUGGGAAAGAGAAACAGGAGGACAGCAGAUAGUUCGUCCUCUGAAGAGGAGGAGGAAUAUGUUGUGGAGAAGGUUCUAGACAGGCGUGUUGUGAAGGGUCAAGUGGAGUAUCUUCUCAAGUGGAAAGGAUUCUCUGAGGAGCAUAAUACUUGGGAACCUGAGAAGAACCUUGACUGCCCUGAACUGAUUUCUGAGUUUAUGAAAAAAUACAAAAAAAUGAAGGAAGGUGAGAACAAACCUCGGGAGAAAUCAGAGAGUGCCAAGCGGAAGUCGAGCCUUGCCAACAAUACUGAGGACAUCAAAGCAAAAAAGAAGAGAGAGAGCACCGAUAUUGCCAGGGGCUUUGAAAGAGGAUUGGAGCCGGAAAAGAUCAUUGGAGCCACAGACUCUUGCGGCGAUUUAAUGUUCCUAAUGAAAUGGAAAGAUACGGAUGAGGCUGACCUGGUUCUAGCGAAAGAAGCCAACGUCAAGUGCCCUCAAAUUGUGAUAGCGUUUUAUGAAGAGAGACUGACCUGGCACGCGUACCCAGAAGAUGCCGAAAACAAAGAGCGGGAAGCAGUGAAAAGCUAAAGUGGCCAGGGUCCUCUGUCCGUCCAUAGUUGUACAUAUCCACCCUCCUUUCCCCUCCACCCAAAUGCAUCCAUGAAAAUGUGCUUAUUACUGUGCUCCACAGGAGAAAUGUUGAUAUUGGUUGGGUUAGCCAUAACAUUAAUGGUGUGAGUCAUGUUUGGUUUCACUCCAAAAGAUUGACAUGGUGUGUGUGUGUGUAUGUAUGUGUGUGUGUUCCUUGUUCCCCUUAUCUCGCAAUCCCAAAAAAAUCUGUUCACUCUUUGAAAUCCCACUGAGUUUCCAGGCCAUUUGUCGUCCCCCCCCCAUCCUCCACCCCGGGUUACUCACUUUUGCAUCAUUUUGAGAGUGAAGGGUCAUUGUUUCCCAUUGGCCUAAAAGUAGACUGUAAAACUGACAGGGGGUACCGGGAAGACCUAUCUGACUCAGAACACUCUUUGGAUUCUGAGAUUACCCAAAUAAUUAUCAAGCCAGGACAUCCUGGGGCCAUUCUAGUUGUUUUAGGAAUUGCUGACGUUUUGCUGGAAUUGGGUUCCAGGAUGCUGGGUAGCAGUUUUCAUCCUGACUCCCAACGCCAAUGUCACUUGCACCAGCUCCACUCAGUCAACACUCACUUUUCUAGCUGCAGGUCAGGAGCAGGUAAUCUGGGAAGGCAACCAUUAAAAACUAAUUUGCUAGCAAGGACAAUUUCCUCCUUUUUCAACCAGUCCUUUCAUGCAAUCAAAAUCUAGUAACCUACCACCCCUUUCCUUUUGCUUUCCUUAUCUUGCAGUACAUGGAUAGGACUAGCAAGCAGCCCAGCCAAAUUUUGUGCCAUACUGGAGAGCCUUCUUUGUUGUGGCUAUUCCAAAGACAGCUGGAAAACAUGGUUCCAAAAUUGGAUUAUUUUCUGGGCUCUCUCAUCAUUCCGAUAGCUCUGUUCAUAUGCAGCAGACAUCUCUGCUGUGAGAUGUGGGCAAACACUUUUAUUUCCACCAUUUACCCCAGGUAUGUAUGUUUGUUUUUUAAAGGAAACUGGCCACUUAGAGCAGAUGUCUCAUAGGAGCCUGCUUUCCUUUCAAGCACCUGGUUAUACGUAGCACACGGAUCUAGAUGCAAGAGUUUUCUGGACAGACUUUUUUUUUUGUCUCCCCUGGGCUGCCCCCUGAAUAGUAUCCCAUUUCUCUGCACCAGCAAUGUGGCGGCUAAAUAAUUAUUCCACGCUGAGGGUGUUGGGAUUAGAAGUCCUUUCGGCAGUGGAUUUUCCCUUCUUCUUCCAUAUGGUGAGCGGUUGGAGGACCAAGUCACAGAAAGCAGGUAGCAGUCUUCCCCUCCUUCAUGCCCUUCUCUCAUGACAAUGCCCAUGCAUGUUUUUUCACACGGAAUGUCUGUAUUGUGUAGUAUAUAGGUAGGACUUUAGCGCCCUUUAGAGUUUGACGCUCACUAAUAGCUUCAUCUUCCCGCUUUGCAGACAGAUUUUGGUGUAACUCCCGGCAAUAAAAGGCAAAGCUUGACAGUAUUAGCAUUGAUUGCUGCUGGCUUCUCACCAGCUGAGGACAGAUAAGCAUCAUACAACUUGGUAACAGACUUGAUGGGAGCGUGCAAAAGAAUCAGGCUAGCCUUCUACCGUGGAAGUGAAAGCCAGGAGUCCUUGCAUUUCCUGCUAAUUUCGUUUCAGGGUCCAGAGGUUGACUCUUUUGCUCCCUGCCUGCCGCACACACACACACACACCUGUUCUCCCAACCACUUUUGUUUUGCUUUUUAUAGGGGAGAAAGAAGGGUAAGGAGUGUUUGCACCAAUGCAAGUCCCAAGCCUGGUGACAGUUCUUCGUUCAGUUUGGCAUUGCAAGGUUUUCAGCUUUCUCUUUUCCUACAGCAGUCAAAGUAGUUCUGCAUCGUUCCAUUUUGUGCCUCUGUAUUCUGAGCCCUGUCACACUGCCUUGUGUGCUGGCCCUUCCCUGGUUCUUCCAGUAGGCUGUUGCACCUUCUUGUUUGCCACUAGUUAUCUCCAUGUGGUCUGGAGUUUGGGGAAGUGGGCAAAGAAGUAAAGAGGUAUCUGGAGUCCACAGCAAGGGACCACAUCUAAGCCCACCGCAGAGCCAGAAGCUUUGAAUGAACUGCAGCCUGCUGUUUGGAACAUCUUUCCUGUGCUGCAGUUCUGCACAGCGGCAAAGAGUUCCCCGCUUGCACCCAGGGGCAUGCACACAUGCAGGGCACACUGUAGGGGGUGGAGCCAUGGGUGGGGUGCACCACCAGAGCAGUCCCUGCCCACUGCUACAAAGUGGGGCGCACUCAUGGCACCCCACAAGCCCAGCAUCGCUUUGUGAGACUCACAAAAAUGAGGCGGGGCUUGUGGGGUACCACAAGCAGAUGUGAGCUCUGGCCCUCCCUGUGAGCCCAGUGCUGCUUUUGCAAGCAGCGCUGGGCUCGCAGGGAGGGCCCAGGGCACAUGCUUGUUGCAGCAGCUCACGAUGGGGUAGGGUCCAAAAAAACUGUCUGGGCGAUGGCCCCUUCAGCUCCCCCCACACUAUACCACUGGUUCUGUGGACCAAAAUCUGCAAUACCUAAACUUAGGGUUUCCAUAUUAUGGCCACCUUCUUUAGCUUUCCAGGCCAAGCGUCUAGCAGCAAACAUUGCCUGGUAUGGGCCGAGGUCGGUGCGUUUAGUUCAGGUAGGGGUGGCCAGGUGCAAAACAGAACUGGGCUCCUGUGCAGAAGAGUGAAUCUACUGACAAAUUACACCUGCUGAAAUUCCCUCUUCCACACAACUGUCAAAGGUGCAGGUGCCCUGACCUCUUACAGCUGGACAUCCUGCCAGUAGGGUGCAGGCUAAAUAAGAGAGAUUUCCCUUCAUAAGGAUAAUUCCCAGAUCCUCUCUGUAAAAGACCCCCACAGUUCCACCACAUCAAAUAGUGCUCCCCUCCCCCUGCUUCUUACCCCUGUAAACCUCGUGGGAACAUGCUGAGAGCACUAGAAGCACAUGUUUUCUUUAUCGUCCACCCCAUUGCAGCACAAACACUAUCCUUUUUGCCAGCUGCUGCUAAUAGAUGUUUCUAUCUAGAGCUGAAAAUGAGGACUUCUGGUGAUUAUAAGCACUUGUGUGUCAGGCUAAAAAAAAAAAGCAAAGAAAUCUCUUGGGGAAAUUUGUAGUUUUUUGAUAAUACCGCUGUAUUAAAAAAACACGCUGGCACUUCUCUUCCUUGCAAGUAUUUGUGGUGCAAUUUCUCAGUGGUGCAUUUGUUGGUUUGCAUGUGUGUUUUUAAAUAUCUACUCCCAUAUGCAGCUUUCCAGGGAGGAGAAAAGUUAAAAUAACUAGAAUGCCAUCCUGUUUUUCCUCUUUCAACUUUUAAAAAAAUGCACUUUUAGUCUGAGGUAGCACACAACCCCCGUCACAGUUGGACAUUGUAUGUGGUACUUAAAUCUCCCUUGCCAAGCUAAACAUACCCACAAAAUGGGUCAGCUGCCUAACCUGCUAAGAGGGAGAAACUGAAAAUCCUUUUUAAUCUUCUCAGUAGGCAGAAAUGUAAGGAAGUAGACCUUGGCAAGUUUCACAACGUGAACUGAUGAUAUGCUGGGCAUUGUUCAGAAAGACACUUCUUUUUUAAAAAAAGAGAAAGCUAUUUAAAAUAUAUCCCAAAAGCCUGGCUGAAUUCCUGGACACCAGCCAUGCAACCCCCCCCCCCAGCUCCCUCCAGUCAACUGAACAUCCUGCAAGGUAUAUGGAACUUGCCAGCUGAUUCGAAACAUCUUAGGAUCUCUAAGCCAUUCAUGCUGCGUUUCAGUGGCUCCUGAAAUGAUCCCACCUCCUCUUUGGCUCCUGGUCUCAAUGUUUCAGUGGCAAAACAAAGCAUUUUGAUGUUAGCUUUUUUUGGUGUCUUGCAUUUGGAAGUUGUGGGGAAAUGUAUGUGUGAUGAGUUGAUGGGGGGGGAGGUUUGAAUUUUAGAUCGGGGCUUUUGUUAGAGGUUUGUAAAUGGUGUGCAUGUGUGCAUGUCUGUUUGGGGCUUUAAAGAACUCUAAAGAUCCCCCCCCUUUAAAUUGAGUACUUCCUCUCUGUAUUCAUCAUGGAUUAAGUUCAUGGGGAGACAUUCAAUUUGCAGGUGCAGUCUUCUGACGCAUCUUCUUCUUAGCAUGCUGUCGAGAAGUGAAUUGUUCUCCCAGUCGCCUAGAAUAAUGAAAUAAAAUUCAGAGAGAGAAAAUUAAUUUUGUUUUUAAUUAAACUCAUUAAUUUUUUGAUUAACGGUCUAAUUUUUAACCUGGGGUGGCAUCUAAAUCUUUCUUUGGCAAUGUGCACUGUAAGGACACCGUCUCAUCCCCUCAGUGGGGAACAGUGAAGAAAGCAGCAGAAGGAGGGGAGAAGCCAGGCAUCCCACCCAGUAUGAUCUUAAUUUUCUUGGAUCCCCAAAACUAGAGAGGCCUUCUGUUUGUGAACGAGAGCAUUAGAUUUUACCUGCAACUUUUUCAACAACUUUACAGCAGAAUAGCAGGCUGUGUUUUGGAUAUGGUCGAUUCCUGUUCUCUGAAGCCUUUCGGAAAAAGCAUUUUAACCAUUUUGAGCUAGAUCCAGGGGCGUAGCCAGGAUCAAAAUUGGGGGGGCAAGGGGCGG